AUGGCGGUUUCAGCUUUUACUCUCUUUUCUUUUGGGAUCUUAUUCUUUCUAAGGACUCCACGUCUCCAAAAAGACGACACGGGAGCCGACCCAAGCCCUAGUUAUAGAUCCAUUGCCUACUCUGUCAACUGGGGAAUUUAUGAUCGCAAGUUUGAUCCGCAAGACCUUCCCGUUGAGAGGCUUACUCAUGUCCUCUAUGCAUUCGCAGAUGUGCAAAACGAUACUGGAGAUGUGUAUCUUUCUGAUACCUAUGCAGACUUGAAGAAGCAUUACCCCGGUGAUUCCUGGUCUGAAGCAGGUAAUAAUGCGCCUUCUGCUUCCCAUCCAAAGACAAAGAGUGCCUUCCCUCAGCUCUAGCGUGUUUUGGCGCGCUAAACCUUUGAUUUAGGGCAUUGAGGACGUCCGUUUCGAGAAGAAAUGAUACAAUACCUGACUGCUGAUUUAAUAACGUGCGCUGUAAAAUGACCUGAAGCCAGAUUACGCAACGCCAAAAGUAUGGUGUAACCCGAAU